CCUGGCUGCGCCGGAGCGCCCUCUUCGACGGGAGCAGCCCCUGGGCCCCGGGGGACGCCCUCUUCGACGGGAGCAGCCCCUGGGCCCCGGGGGACCUGCGGCGCGACCUCGCGACGCUGGCGGCCCCGGAGCACCUCGCGGCCCUCGUCGAGAGGACGGAGGCCGUCGACGUGCGGGACGCCGAGGGCGCCAAGGACGAGGCCCUGCGGUCGCGGCUGCGGAGCGCGGACGACGUCGCGGCCGCGCUCGACGCCGGCGCGUCGGUCGUCGUCAAGCUCGAGAAGCUCUUCGUCGACGGGGCCUGGGCCGCCGCGGUGCCGCCGCGCGGCGCCGCGGCCGUCGUCGAACUGUCGACGAGCCUCGCGGCGUCCCUGGGCCUGGCCGCGACGUUCCACCUCUACGUCUCGGGGCCCGGCGGCGCGGCGCUGGGCGCCCACACGGACGUGUCAGACCAGUUCGCGGUCCAGGUCGCGGGGGCCAAGGCCUGGCGGCUCUGCGUGCCCCACGGGCCGGACCCCGCCGCGAGCGCCGCGGACCGCGCGGAGCUCGCCGAGGCGCGGCUCCGGACGCGCGGCUGCACGUCCUUCGAGGGCGAGGAGCUGGCCGUCGGCGGCGCCUUCGCGUCCUGCGAGGCCGCGACGGGCGUGGCGCACGCCGCGCGGACGCCCGCCGGGGGCGCGGUCUCCGCGCACGUCGCCGUCGCCGCGGAGCGUGACGGCGGCCGCUGGGUCGACGUCUUCCUGGAGGCGCUGGACGCGGCGCCGGCCACGGGCGCGUCCGACGCCGCGCGGGCGGCGCUCGUCGACGACCUGCAGUGGCGCGAGCCCCUCGCGUGGCGCGCGCCGUUCCCGGCGUGGGACGCGACGUUCCACGAGGGCGCCGCGGCGCCGUCGCCCGGCGCGCGCGACACCUACGGCGACCUCGUCGCGCGCCUGUCGGCCGAGGCCGUCUUCGCCGGCGCGGACGCGCUGGAAAUCGACGCGCUCCGGAAACGCCUCGCGGCGUCGCUCGACGUCGCGCUCGCGGGGCUCUCGCCCCGCGGCGUCCCGCUCUUCGCCGCCGACGCGCCGGGCCUCCAUCCGCGCGCCGCGUGGCUCGCGGGCCGCGCCGACGCCGCCGCCCCGCGGACGGGGGGCUGCGGGUCCCGGGGCCGCCGGCGCCUCGACGACUCCGCGGCGCCGUCGCCGCUCCCGACGCCGACGCCGACGUCCAUGCCCACGCUCGCGACCUGGACCGGGUGGAACGCGACGCGGGCGCCGACGGCGCCGCCGACGGCGACGCGGGCGCCGACGGCCGGCUGCGGCGGCAACGAGGAGCUCGCGCGCGGCGGCGUCCCCGCGCGCGCGGCGAGAUUCGCGGCGGGACCGUCGUCGUCGUAG